GCUUGACUUGAGCAACCGUCUUCGUAGAGUUCGCAUUCCAAAUCAUGCUGCGCGCUUUGCCAUGUGUGUCCGCUCUUCCUCGAUGUCGGGCCACCUCGAGGUGGUUCAGCGAGAUGGCUGCACCAGCAGAGGCAAUCUCCAAAGCUGAUGACGUCAUCUCCAGAACAAGCCGGCUGUUUAUUGAUAACCAAUACGUCGAGGCCGAAGGAGGACGGCUACCUGUAUUGUCACCUGUAGAUGGCAAACCUUUUGCAAGCAUUGCUCAUGCUUCUGCUCGUGACGUUGAUCGAGCAGUGCAAUCUGCAAGGAGAUGUUUCGACCAUGAUUGUUGGCCCCAGCAAGAUGUGCAGGCGAGGGUGGAGAUCCUCAAGAGGAUCGCUGCAGCUCUCCGAACGCCGGAGGUUUGCGAUGCCCUUUGUGUCAUUGAAAGCCGGGACUGUGGAAAACCCUUUUCUGAAAGUCAAGGAGAUCUUGGUGUUUGCGCGGAUACCUUUGACUACUACGCAGAGGUUGCACCGGAGACCAUGAAGACAACGUAUCCGAGUGUUGGAGCUGGUGCCACUCACUUCUACGCAAGGAUCGCUGUGGAGCCCCUGGGAGUGGUUGGGUGCAUCACUCCAUGGAAUUUUCCUUUGAUGCAAGCGGUCCUGAAAGUUGCCCCGGCGCUCGCUGCAGGCUGUGCCGUGGUCUUGAAACCCUCACCUUUGGCAUCGUUGACUUGCUGCGCAUUGGGAGAGCUAGUGGCAGCAGCUGGUGCACCACCAGGAGCUCUGAACGUCAUCACUGGUGGACCACCGGAAGUGCUGGAAGGUGGAGGUAGCACAGGGCAGUACCUCAUCGAUCACAGCAUGUUGGACAAGGUAUCCUUCACGGGAAGCGGAAGUGCUGGACAAAAGAUGCUGGAGGCCUCUGCAUCGAAGCUACGCCCGACUUGCUUGGAGUUGGGUGGAAAGUCAGCCUUUAUUGUAUUUGAAGACGCCGCAGAUGACUUGGAUCAUCUCGUGGACUGGGUCAUGGUGGGUAUUUUCCAAUGCACCGGUCAGGUGUGUUCAGCAACAAGCCGCCUGCUGAUCCACGAAAGUUUGGAGGCCAAGCUUGUGGAGCGGCUGCUUGAGGGCAUCAGGAGCAUCAAAGUCGGGGAUCCCUUGCAGAAGGGAACCUUGAUGGGUCCUGUGGUCUCAGAGGGGCAGCAGCAGAAGGUGCUUGGAAUGAUCCAGCAGGCGGAAGCGGAUGGCGGGAAGAUCCAUUCAGUACCCUUGGAGCUGCCAAAGGAGUUGCAGCAAGGCUACUAUGUGCCUCCCACGGUUCUCUCCAACUUGGCUGAGAGCUCUGCAGCAUGGAAGCAGGAGAUCUUCGGACCAGUCCUGGCCAUCAGGUCUUUCCGGACAGAGGAAGAGGCCAUUCGACUUGCCAAUGACACUCCGUACGGACUGGCCAACGCGGUGUGGUCUGCUGAUCGAGCUCGAACGCAACGUGUUGCUGCUCAACUCAAGUCUGGAGUGGUUUGGGAAAACUGCUCUCAGGUUUUGUUUCCAUCGACACCUUUUGGCGGAAGACAGGGCAAAGCCAGUGGAUUUGGCUUUGAGCAGGGCAUUGCUGGCCUCAAAGAGUUCGUCAGCGAGAAAACUGUGAUCACUGGCGACAGAACCGGCUACAGCUGGGGAGUCUACAAGCAGUCCUGAGGGGGAUGCCUUGUACAUAGAUCAUCCUUUGUCUUUUGCGUUGAGUAAA